CUGUUUGAACAGUGGUUCUCUCUCUCUCUCCGAAACAUGGCCAUCGAUUCGACGCCGCCUUCGGUGCUAUUCUGAUCCCUUUGCACAAUUCCGCAUAAAGUCGGAUACUUUUAUGCGUCUCUUCUGCUGAACGACUCGUAAUUUCUACCAAGUUCUCCCAUCUCUGGUCCUGCCCUCAUUUUUUUGGAACCCUAAUCAGGAUUUCAAUCCAAUUCGGCCAAUUCGGCCAAUUCGGCAUAUUGAAUCGGGAUUUGGUAUAAUGCCACCGUUUACGCCUGGUCCGAGGGCCAUAUUUUCCCUCGUUUCAUGUCGAAACGGGUUCAGGAACUCGGUCAGCCGUGCCCCGAGGAGUUCUACAUUCGAUCAAUUUCGUGGAUUGGGUAGUUUAGCAGGUAUCGACAGAUGCUCUCUUCCUUACAGAUCCAAGUGCGAGGACGAGGUUCGUGUCUCUGUCGGAAGAUCAUCGGGCGGCAUAUAUCAGAGGAGGAAUUUUUUGGGUUGUGGGGACGGGGAGGAAGGUGGUCAAUUGUCGAAGGUCUACCAAGAGCGACGUCUCAUGGGAUAUUCCCCAGAGCAGCUGUUCAAUGUGGUCGCAGCUGUUGAUUUGUACCAUGGAUUUGUUCCCUGGUGUCAACGCUCUGAGAUUCUUAAAGAAUAUCCAAACGGGUCGUUCGAUGCGGAGUUGGAGAUCGGUUUUAAGUUUCUGGUAGAGAGUUAUAUAUCACAUGUGGAGUUGGAAAGGCCAAAAUGGAUAAAGACAACGGCGAAGGACACGGGAGUGUUUGACCAUUUGAUAAACGAGUGGCAAUUUAAGCCCGGACCCAUCCCAGGGACGUGUGACCUUUACUUCCUUGUGGACUUCAAAUUCAACUCACCCCUUUAUCGACAGGUGGCGUCGAUGUUCUUCAAGGAGGUGGCGUCUAGACUGGUGGGAGCGUUCAGCGAGCGCUGCCGUCUGGUGUACGGACCUGGCGUUAAGGUAGACGAAAACGCUUACGAGCAAAGGGCUUGACAGAAAAACACUUAGACUAGACCGGAGGAGGGGAAAGGAGGGGGAGAGGGAAGCAACCAUCAAGAUUCCUAUCUUUUUUGGAGAUGUUAUAUAUAUAAAUACCACCAUUAAAGCCCCCCAAUCCAUUUACCAAAACAAACAUACUCAUGACUUGACUGAGGCUCUUAUGCUCAUUCAUACUUGUGUUGUGACUACAGUAAUCAUCGUCACAUUUCCCAUUUUCUCCUCU